AACAGGAAGCCAUGUAAAAUGGAGACACAGGCCGAAAAGGCCUCUGCUCACAUUUCUUGUCUGUUUCCAGAAAUUUUGACCAUUAUAUUUAGUUAUUUAGAGGUAAAAGACAAAGGUCGAGCUGCCCAGGUGUGCGUUUCGUGGAGAGACGCUGCAUAUAAUCGUAUGGUCUGGAGAGGGGUCAUAUCAAAGCUCCAUCUCAGACGUGCAAACCCGUCUUUGUUCCCGAGUUUGGUAAAACGUGGUAUCAAAAGAGUACAAAUUUUAAGUUUACGACGUAGCCUUCGAGAUGUCGUAACUGGGAUCUCUAAUUUAGAGUGUUUAGAUUUGAGUGGUUGUUAUAAUGUGACUGAUAUAGGCCUUGGUGGUGCUUUUUCCAAUGAUCUCCCUUGUAUUACUGCAUUGAAUCUCAGCCUCUGUAAACAAGUGACAGAUAACAGUCUAGGCAGAAUUGCACAAAGUCUAAAAAAUCUUGAGAUCUUAGAAUUAGGUGGAUGUUGUAGCAUUUCUAAUACAGGACUUCUGCUUAUCGCAUGGGGAUUACGAAAGUUAAAACAACUCAAUCUGCGAAGUUGUAGACACAUUUCGGAUGUUGGCAUUGGGCAUUUAGCAGGACAGAGUCCACAUGCUGCAACGGGAACGUUAGAAUUAGAACAUUUGGGUUUACAAGACUGUCAAAAACUUACGGAUCAAGCUUUAAAACAUGUCAGUGGUGGAAUAAUGCAGUUAAAAACAAUAAAUUUAAGUUUUUGUGGAAGUGUUACCGACACAGGUUUAAAAUUCAUAUCUAAAAUGCCAAAUUUACAAGAAGUGAAUCUUAGAAGUUGUGAUAAUAUUAGUGACACGGGCAUUGGUUAUUUAGCUAAUGGUACAGCAAAAAUUUCAACUCUAGAUGUUAGUUUUUGUGACAAGAUUGGAGAUCAGUCUCUUCAAUAUAUUGCUCAAGGGUUAUUUUGUUUAAGAUGCUUAUGCCUUAAUGCGUGUAAUAUAAGUGAUGAUGGUAUUUAUAGACUUGUUCAAACGUUACAUGAAUUAACCACCUUGAAUAUUGGCCAGUGUAUCCGCAUUACAGACAAAUCUCUUGGACUCGUUGCUGAUAACUUGAAGAAUCUAAGUUCCAUUGACUUGUAUGGUUGUACAAAAAUAACAACUGUUGGUUUGGAGAAGAUAAUGCAGCUGAAAAGACUAACAACUUUAAAUCUUGGAUUGUGGCAUAAACGAUAAUAAUCAUGUAUAAUGUCUUACUGUCAGUUAUUAAUGUGCUAGAUAUAUUUUUUAUACAAAAGGUUUUUGAACAGUGAUUAUUUGAUAGAACAAAAAUGAUAAAAGUACAUUUUGUGAAUAUACAUGUACAUGUACACACCAAUGAAACAGUUAUCAAAUGUAAUGAUACAUACAUACAUUUGUACCCCAAAAAGACAUCUUUAUUUGUCUAGGUUUUGCACAAAAAGUUAAAAAAAUAUUUAUACACAUGACAUGCAUGAUACAUGU